CCAUUCGACGCCGCAAACAAAAUGGCUCUGAUUUUUGCAGACUAAUAAAAGUUGAAGUUUUUGCCAUAUUCCCAAUGCUUUAGUGGGCGAAACGCAGAUGCAAUCAGACCAAGUGGCGAGUGCGCGAGUGCUGCGUGGGUGAAGAUGGAAGCUGGGCUCCGGAAAACCGCAGUAGAGCUCCACAAAGUGAAAAAUCAGGCAGCCGACUUUUUGACCAAUUGUGGAAUAGGAUACGAAAACUAGUUCUCACGCACACACACACCCAAAACCUGCUGAAGACGCAAGCUGUCGCACAAAAAAGACGUCUUCUGCGACCAAAAUGGAGGGCAUGGAUUUGUGGACGUCGAUGUUCUCCGCGGAUUUCGAGGAGGGCGGGGAGGCGGAACUGGAGGACAGCGAGCAGUAUGGCAAUGGCAAUGGCAAUGACGACUUUCCGGGCGACUCGGAGAUCCUGGAAGCAGGCGAUGCCAUAGAUGACCUGCUGGAUGGCGAAGAGGACGACAGGGAGGAGGAGGAGGAGACCUACGAGGGUGGCACCAAGGGACCAAAACAACCCGAUCCCGACGACGAUGCCCUCUUUGACUUCGACAUGGAGCCCAUUGUAAGCAUAUCGGAGUCACAGCCACCGGUUUUGGCUCCUGCAGGAGCAAUGGGUGUCCAAGUGCGUCCUCCCAUGCAGCGUCACUCGCAGCCCGGAACUAUGGGUCGUCCCAGAUUGGGACCGGGACUCUCAGUGCGGCCCACCACCUCACAGAUCAAUGCCACGGAUGAAAACGGGGUGCCCAUUAACUACGAGCUGGGCGUGGUCUACAUAUGCCCCGCCUGCGGUGGUGAGUUCCGGCAACAGGACCACUGGAAGCGGCACAUGAACCACAUCCACAAAUAUAACACGCUGCGUGGCUUGAACUUCUCGCCGCUGGACAAGCUGUAUCAGCGCUGCAGGGAGUGCAACAAGCGGAUCGCCAUGCACAGUCGCGAAAACCUGCUGAAGCACAAGUUUACCCACCUGCCUUUCAGGUGCACCAAGUGCUACAUCUGCAAGCGGGAGUACAAAUACAGGCAAGAUCUAAUGGUGCACCUGCGCAUGGUGCACUGCGACGAAGUGGUGGCCAUGAUGCGGGAGGGAUACAAUGCGGCUGGCCGAAAGACACGCGUGCGGGAAUCGCGCACUGAGCAGCUGCAGCGGGAGAAGAGCUUUCGCGGUGAUAGUGACUUCGUGGAUGACUCUGAUCGCAUAGAGGUGCGGAAUGAACUGCUCGAGCCGGAUGCCGAUGAGUCUGGCGCUGUGGAGCAGUCAUUGCCCGAGGAGGUUGCCAAGAAAAAGGCUCCUGGCUGUCGAGGAGCAGCCGAGCUGUGCGAGGAUUACAUCCACUACAUGUGCCCCGAUUGCGGCACCGAGUGCGACACCCACGCCCAGUGGAGCCAGCACAUCGAGUUCGUCCACGACUAUGUCAGCCGGCGGGGACUUAAUUUCCGGAGCGUAGACAUGCAGAUGCAGUGCCUCGAGUGCAAGAAGAUUGUGACUCCCAACACCAUCAAAUCGCUGCGCGCCCACAAAUUCAGCCAUUUAUCGCACCCUGAGUGGCUGCGAUGCAAACUUUGCUACAAGGGAUUCAAGGAUCAUCAAGAAGUGGUGAGGCAUCUGCUGCAGCAGCACCAUAUGGAUACGCUGAUGUCAGAGGAGGCCGAGGAGGAGGAGGACGCUCCCAACGCCAUGAUGAUGAAUGAGGAUGAAUGUUUCGAGGACAAUGGAAACGUCGAAGGAAACGGCGCCGUCUUGGACGAGGAUUCUCCCUAUUUUGAAGACGCACCUAGACGUGGCGGUCGCAUCAGCAGCGAUGACAUCUACGAGCCUCACAUCGACUACCUCUGUCCGCAGUGCGGCAAGGAGUUCAUCGAAAAGAAACACUGGCGCACCCACGUCGUUAUGGCGCACAACAUGAACGAUCUGUCCAAGCUGAACUUCGAGAUGAUCAACGAGCGGCAGCUGAAGUGCACGGAGUGCGAGAAGAUCAUCACGAAUGCUUAUGGCAUCCAGAAUGCCCAGCAGCACAGGAUCACUCAUCUGCCGUUCAAGGCGUAUGCCAGGUGCCGCAAGUGCCACAAGUCCUACACGGACAGAAAGGGACUUGUGAAGCAUCUGGCUACCUAUCAUCGCGUUGGUUGUGGGCCACGAAAGUCCGCGGGCGGAGUUGGCGGCCCUGCCCUGAUGCCCACUCCCACCAAGCCACCUCGCAAGCAGAUCGUCACGAUCGCCAAUGAAACGUACGAGAUAAUCUACUUGGACGACGUGGAGCAAGGCGGCGGCUUGGAGGAGGACAACGACUUUGGCGAACAAAUGCAGGCGGAUGAGGAGGAUUACCCUGUUGCGCCGCCCGCACCACCACCACCGCCGCCGGCGCCAUUGCCGUCAUUGUCGCAAGGCAACCAUCAUCGCUACAAAUGCGUCCACUGCGGCACACUCUUCCCCACCCAGGCGGCCGUGCGGGUUCACAUAAGCGAGAAGCGCUGCCGGAAGACAGUGGGCAGGAGGCAUAGGCAGGCAACGGCCAACGCGGACCCAUCCAUUCCCACCGUGGAACAAAACUACAUCUUCCUCUGUCCCUCUUGCGGCAUGGAGUACAAGACGCAGUUCGAGUGGCGGCGCCACAUCAACGAGGUUCACAACUUCGACAAGCGGCAGUAUCUUAACAUGCGGCAAUUGGACAAAUAUCGCUACCAGUGCACCCAGUGCAAGGACAUUGUGUGCAACUCGAAGCUGAAGGGCUUGCAGGACCACCACUUCCGCCACCUGCCCUACCGACUGUACCUCAAGUGCCUGAUCUGCGGCACCUGCUACAAUCACAAGCCGAACAUAGCGGCGCAUUUGAGGGCCCGCCACAGCAUCUUCGACAGGGAGACGCCGGUGAUGGUCACCAAGCCGAAGCAUGUGUUUGGCCGCUACAAGGACGCCAGUAGGGAGAAGCCCAGAGUGCCAUCUCCCACGCCGCCGCCAGCGUCCUCUCCACCCGGAUGCUCCUCCUCUGCAGCGUCGGCAGCCUCCUCUGCGAUCGUUCGCUCUCUUAAGCCGCAACCCGGCGGACUGCCCACUCGACCCGCUGGUCUCAACACCCUGGAGGACAGCAUCUCGUACCACAAUGCCGUGGACUUGGACUUCAUCACGUACUUCUGCCCCAAGUGCAACCAGAACUUUGACUCGCACGCCUUCUGGCGCAAGCACAUCGUGGAGCAGCACAACUUUAACAGCCGCGAGGGCCUCAACUUCCGGCAGAUCGACAACCAUCACUACCUAUGCCUGGAGUGCUACAAGCGGGUGACCGUGACCCACACCAAGGGAGCCAUAGGGCAGCUGCAGUCGCACAAGUUCCGCCAUCUGCCGCAUCGAUCCUUCAAGUGUUUAACCUGCGACGGCGAGUUUGUGCGCAAGCAAAUGUUCUUUAAGCACCUCAAUCGCGACACCAAUCGGUGUGACAAUCGCCCGCACCGGGACUUGGAAGAGGAGGAGCCGGAUCAGGAGACGCAGCUACGCUCCAUCUACCACAUGGCUUGUCCGCAGUGCGGCGACAACUUUACAACCCGCAACAAGAAGCAGUGGCGCGAGCACAUCAACGACUACCACGGUCUGGCCAAACUGGACCUGUUGCACAUGAGCAAAGUGGGCGAGGACCUCUUCCGCUGCCAGGACUGUGACGAGGAGCUGCAGACGAAGCGACAGUGGGUGCUGCAGUUCCACCGUUUCCAGCACCUGCCCCACGCGGCCUACAUCCGUUGCAAACUCUGUAAGCAGAGCGGCGAUGAGGGUUCAGCAGAAUCAGUAGCGGCAAGUGGAUUUCACAGCCUCCGUGAGCUGCAACAGCACCUCCGGAAGCACCAUCCAACAGUGGGCGAAAGCGAGAUGAUAUUGCUUCGCGAGCAGAUCGUCCUGGAGGAGAAGGAGCAGGAGGACGCAACGGAACUGCCCGCAAACGAAGACAAUCAGGCUGGUCAGGAUUCGGGACCGUAUAUGCCGCUGCCGCCGCACUUAUUGGAUGAUGAGGACGAAUUCGAGGAUCAUUAUCUGCUGGGCUAGGGUCACAAGAUUUUUUUCGAUUUCUUCGGCAACAAAUCCUAGUGGCAGAAUGUAAUCUUUAGAAAUUAUUUUUAUUUACUAAACGGAAUCUCAAAAAGCCACGAAAUUAGUGGAUUAAAGAGAACUAGUACCACUAUAACGUUAUAUUUUUGUCGUUAUUUUUAAAACUUUUUUUUAACUGUGUACCUUUUUUGUUGAUGGUACCUUAUUAAAGCAAGAUCUAGUUAAGUUUUACUUUUUGAGAACCCCAUUUUAAGGUUUUUGCUCUUAGGAAAAUAUAUUUACUUGCCAACAUUAUUGUCUCAACAAAAGCUUACGCCUAACAAAAUUGUAGACAUUUUAAAUGUACAGAUAAAAUAGGAAAAAAAUCAAAAAUAAUCACAUUUGUCUACCGUCUUUCAGGAAAUAGUGCCAAACUCAAAUUUAAUUUCCAUUUUGAGAAUAUAUUGAUUUCUCUUCUGCACCCCGAAAAGAUUUAUUUAAAAAGACAAAGAUUACAAGUUGCCACUCAGAUUUAUCAGUUUCUUAUAUCCCACAAAUCGAAUUAACCUUAAUACUCGUCCAUAACACCUGUACUUCCAGUGGUAUGCAUAAUCUGAUAGUCGCCCUUAAGGGCUGCCCUUUCAUGAGAUUACCCAUAGAUAAAGCCUAACUCCUAUUGUGGACUCUUAGCUAUAGGUUAACUUUAGGCCACACUUUUAAAUUAGUAGACUUAAGUACCUAAGCUAUUUAUUUCCCAGCCUAAUCUUUAUGAAAAUAACCUGAUAUUAUCAAAAUUAAAAUAAAAGAAAAAACUUUAAAUACA